GUUUGAUUACUAAUUGUCCAUUGCUUCCUCAGUCACCAGUAGAUGUGCUGUGCAAGCGCGUACUCAUAAAUAAUAAUUGAUCUUGACGAAGCCUUCAGCUUCUGCAUCGCAAUGCUAUUCCCAUUCCCAACACACACCACGGUUUUUGGGAACAUUAAUAACACCGUGCCCAAUUGAUGCUCUCCUUCUUCAUCGUGCUUACCUGACCAGCCACCACCACCACUCACUCUCUUCCUACCCUAAACCGUUGCUUCGAUCUAAAUCUUAGCCUUUUUCUCCCGAAUCACAAACCCCUUUUACUCAAUUCUCAUUAUUUUUCUCCCUUUUUUCUGCUGUCGGCUAGUGGGAGGGUAAAGUUGUUAUUUUGUUUUCUGGGUUUGGCCAAUUCUGCUGUUCAGUUUUUUGGAGCAAAGACAAAGAUGGGUGAGGGAGAACGUUUUCAGUUGGGGACGGUGGGCGCGUUGACUCUUUCUGUGGUCUCAUCUGUGUCGAUUGUAAUUUGCAAUAAGGCGUUGAUGAGCUCACUGCAUUUCAUUUUUGCAACAACUUUGACGAGCUGGCAUCUGCUUGUCACUUUUUGUUCCCUUCAUGUGGCACUCAGAAUGAGAUUCUUUGAGCACAAACCUUUUGAGCAGAAAGCCGUAAUGGGGUUUGGGAUUCUAAAUGGGAUCUCAAUUGGACUUUUAAAUUUGAGCCUGGGGUUCAAUUCUGUUGGCUUUUAUCAAAUGACUAAGCUGGCAAUCAUUCCUUGUACUGUACUUUUGGAGACCAUUUUUCUUGGGAAGAAGUUCAGUAAGAGAAUUCAAAUUUCCCUUACUACCCUCCUUCUGGGUGUUGGGAUUGCAACUGUCACGGAUUUGCAGCUCAAUGCUCUGGGCUCUUUCUUAUCUUUUCUAGCAGUGAUUACAACUUGUGUUGCUCAGAUUAUGACAAAUACUAUCCAGAAGAAGUACAAGGUUUCUUCCACACAGCUUCUGUAUCAAUCAUGUCCAUAUCAAGCAGCAACUCUGUUAAUCUCUGGUCCAUACCUGGAUAAACUUUUGACCAACCAAAAUGUAUUUGCUUUCAAGUAUACAACACAAGUGACGGUUUUCAUAGUUCUUUCCUGCCUUAUUUCCAUCUCUGUCAAUUUUAGUACCUUCCUUGUUAUUGGAAAGACAUCUCCAGUCACCUAUCAGGUUCUUGGACACCUGAAGACAUGCCUUGUAUUGGCAUUUGGUUAUAUCUUACUCCAUGACCCAUUUAGCUGGAGAAACAUACUGGGUAUUUUGAUAGCCAUGCUCGGGAUGAUUCUAUAUUCUUACUAUUGCACUAUUGAGAAUCAGCAAAAAGCUGUUGAAACUGCAGCACAAACAUCCCAGGCAAGAGAAGGUGAAUCUGAUCCUCUGAUUAAUGUAGAAAAUGGAGGUGCAGGAGUGGGUGAUACUGUUGGGCAGAAGUCCCCUGUAUGGAGCAAAAGCAAAGACUAGUAUAUUUAUGGGCUUUGUUAAAUUAUUGUUAAGAACAGUUAUAGUCCUUAUGGAGGGUUAACACCCAUAAUCCAUAUGGAAUUAGGAAGUGCUGCCAAACGCAAGUUUCAAGUGGUUUUUCUAAAUAGCAUUAAUAUAGUAUUUUAAGAAUCGUUUGCCAACCAGCAGUAUUAGGGAGAGGAACUAGUUCAUGGUCAUGUCGUAAUUUUAUUGGCCUACAAAUAUGGCUUUUAGUAGCAUACAUUUCCUGGUGGUGUUUUCACAUCUUGUUACAAUUAUAAUUUUAUAUAGAUAUUCAAACUUUUUCUUGCCAUGAAUAACAUUUAAACAAACAUU